UGCAAGCAAACGGUGAGGCUCCGCCUUCACCACUUCCCUCCGACGGAAAAAUCAAAUCCUCUUAUUUUCUGUACAAAUUUAUUUAUUUGUUUUAAUUUAGAGGUAGCUAGAAUUUUCUGGUUCUCUCCAUGGCUUCUUCGUUGAAAGAUGUGGAUCGGAUCAAGGGUCCAUGGAGUCCCGAGGAAGAUGAGGCCUUGCGGAGACUGGUCCAAAACUAUGGUCCUAGAAACUGGUCUCUGAUCAGUAAAUCGAUUCCUGGUCGAUCGGGGAAAUCUUGCAGGCUCCGGUGGUGCAAUCAGCUCUCGCCGGAGGUCGAACACCGGCCGUUUUCCGCAGAGGAGGAUGACACUAUAAUCCGAGCACAUGCCAGAUUUGGGAACAAGUGGGCAACCAUCGCCCGUCUGCUCAAUGGUCGCACCGAUAACGCCAUUAAAAACCACUGGAACUCAACGCUCAAGAGAAAAUGCUCUGCCAUGACGGAUGACUUGAACGAUGAUUCCCAUGUGCAGCAGCCGCUCAAAAGAUCUGCCAGCGUCGGUACAGGCAAUAGUGUAUCGGCUCUGUACUUCAACCCGAGUAGCCCCUCCGGAUCGGAUUUGAGCGAUUCAAGCUUACACGGUGUUGCUGCGUCUCCAGUUUAUAGACCUUUAGCUAGAACAGCCUCUCUAGUCCCCCCUACUCAUCCUGUCGAGGCGGCAUCGUCGACAACUACAGAUCCGCCCACGUCACUCAGCCUCUCGCUGCCUGGAUCCAAUUCGGGCGAGGUCUCGGAUCGUGGAACUGCAGCUGGAUCCAACCCAGUUUUGAACCCGACCCAUAUGACACCUGCUUCUGCCCCUGCUCCUGCUCCGGCUGUACCUUCGCAAGUGCAGAAUGGUGAGUUGGGGCCCGAGAAGCAGUUUUUCAGUGCAGAGUUGUUGGCAGUGAUGCAAGAGAUGAUCAGGAAGGAGGUGAGAACAUACAUGGGCGGAAUUGAACAGAACGGUUUCUGCAUCCAAACAGAUGCUAUCAGGAAUGCUGUGGUUAAGCGAAUUGGAAUUAGCAGGAUCGAGUAAUUGGUGGUGAUUGUGUCUGAGAUAAUGAUCGGAUUGAGUGGACUCAAGACUGAGAUCGAAAAAAAUGCAGAGUUCAACGACAAAAAAAAAAAAAAUGUGAAGGGAAAAUCUUUAAUUUCCGUUUUUUAGUCUUUUUUUUUUUUGGGUUUAAGUUAUUUUAAUCUAUGAUUCUAUGGGUCAUAGAAAUAAUAUAUUUUGAGUAGUGUACAUAGGAAUAGAAUGGGGAAUGAAGCAAAAGAGGGAUUUUGUGGAGGACGGGGAGGAGGUAGAGGGAAACUAUGAGGAAAGAAUUUGCUUUGAAUAUGAAAAUGAAACCCAAAAAUGAAG